GAUGAUUGCAAAUGGCCGUUCGAUUCGUUUUGUUCCAAUUUUUAUCGCCGAAUGGACGCUACUGUGAUGUGAUUAUUCUUAGCUAAAGGAGAUACAUAGUAUUCUAUUAAAGAAGAGGUGUUAAGUAAGGCGUGCAGCCAUGUCGCUGCCGCCGUACUUGCUUGGGCCCAACCCAUGGGCCACCAUGAUGGCACAGCAGCAGUUGGCGGCGGCGCAGCAAGCAGCUUUGCAAGCGCACGCCGCCGCUGCUGCAGCUGCGCCACCGGUGCCUCCCUCACAGCCGCCCAAACCACACCAUAUACCAGAAGAAAAGAUCAAAGAAAAAGCUCAAAAAUGGCUACAAUUGCAAUCAAAAAGAUUUGCAGAAAAACGCAAGUUUGGUUUUGUGGAUGCACAGAAAGAAGACAUGCCUCCAGAACAUAUCAGGAAGAUCAUAAGAGAUCAUGGCGACAUGACCAGUCGCAAAUAUCGCCAUGACAAGAGAGUCUAUCUGGGGGCUCUUAAAUACAUGCCUCAUGCAGUUAUGAAACUGCUUGAAAACAUGCCAAUGCCUUGGGAACAGAUCAGAGAUGUCAAAGUAUUGUAUCAUAUCACUGGAGCAAUCACUUUUGUUAAUGAAAUUCCCUGGGUAAUUGAGCCAAUAUAUAUUGCACAAUGGGGCACAAUGUGGAUUAUGAUGAGAAGAGAGAAGCGUGAUCGCAGACACUUUAAACGUAUGAGGUUCCCUCCAUUUGAUGAUGAAGAACCUCCUUUGGACUAUGCUGACAAUAUUCUGGAUGUUGAACCAUUAGAACCCAUUCAGAUUGAGUUAGAUCCUGAUGAAGAUGGAGCAGUUGCCUCCUGGUUUUAUGAUCACAAGCCAUUGCUUGGCACAAAGCAUGUCAAUGGAUCUACAUACAGAAAAUGGAAUUUGACCUUACCACAGAUGGCAACAUUAUACCGUCUUGCUAAUCAGCUCUUGACUGACUUAGUUGAUGAUAACUAUUUCUACCUUUUUGAUUCAAAAAGCUUCUUCACAGCUAAAGCUCUUAACAUGGCCAUACCUGGAGGACCAAAGUUUGAGCCCUUGGUAAAAGAUAAUUCGGCUGGUGAUGAAGAUUGGAAUGAAUUUAAUGAUAUCAAUAAAAUUAUCAUUAGACAACCUAUCAGAACAGAGUACAGAAUUGCAUUCCCAUAUUUAUACAAUAACUUGCCGCACUUUGUUCAAUUAUCUUGGUAUCAUACACCAAAUGUGGUUUACAUCAAGACAGAGGACCCUGACUUGCCUGCAUUUUACUUUGAUCCUUUGAUCAAUCCAAUAUCUCAUCGACAUUCAGUCAAAUCACUGGACCCUGUCCCUGAUGAUGAAGAAUUUAUUCUACCUGAGGAAGUCUCUCCAUUCUUACAAGAGACUGCUUUGUACACUGAUAAUACAGCAAAUGGCAUUGCAUUGCUGUGGGCACCAAGGCCAUUCUGCAUGAGAUCUGGUCGAUCUCGCCGUGCUAUCGAUGUACCUCUUGUGAAGACCUGGUAUAAAGAGCAUUGUCCACCUGGUCAGCCUGUAAAAGUUAGGGUCUCCUAUCAAAAGCUGCUGAAGUACUAUGUACUGAAUGCUUUGAAGCACAGACCACCUAAACCACAGAAAAAAAGAUACCUAUUCCGGUCAUUUAAAUCUACCAAGUUUUUCCAAACCACUACUCUGGAUUGGGUUGAGGCUGGUUUGCAAGUGUGCCGCCAAGGUUACAAUAUGCUCAACUUGCUUAUUCACCGUAAAAACCUUAAUUACCUGCACUUGGACUACAAUUUCAACUUGAAGCCUGUCAAAACCUUGACCACUAAGGAGAGAAAGAAGUCACGGUUUGGUAAUGCAUUCCACUUAUGCCGAGAAAUCCUCCGACUGACCAAACUGAUAGUGGACUCCCACGUUCAGUAUCGACUCAACAACGUAGACUCGUUUCAACUGGCCGACGGCCUGCAGUACAUCUUUGCCCACGUCGGUCAACUCACAGGCAUGUACCGAUACAAGUACAAACUCAUGCGGCAGAUACGCAUGUGCAAGGACCUGAAGCAUCUGAUUUACUACAGAUUCAAUACGGGUCCUGUUUCAAAAGGUCCAGGGUGCGGAUUCUGGGCGCCCGGAUGGCGCGUAUGGCUUUUCUUCAUGCGCGGCAUCACACCACUAUUAGAACGAUGGCUGGGCAACUUACUGUCUAGACAGUUUGAAGGCCGUCAUUCGAAGGGUGUGGCUAAGACGGUAACCAAGCAGCGCGUCGAGUCCCACUUCGACCUUGAACUACGCGCGUCUGUGAUGCACGACAUUGUGGAUAUGAUGCCCGAAGGUAUCAAACAGAACAAGGCCAGAACUAUACUGCAGCAUCUUUCCGAAGCUUGGAGGUGCUGGAAAGCCAACAUUCCAUGGAAGGUGCCAGGCCUUCCCACGCCCAUAGAGAACAUGAUCCUCCGCUACGUAAAGAUGAAAGCGGAUUGGUGGACGAACACCGCUCAUUAUAACAGAGAGCGUAUACGACGCGGAGCCACUGUCGAUAAGACUGUGUGCAAGAAGAACCUGGGCAGAUUGACCAGGUUGUACCUGAAGGCGGAGCAAGAGAGACAGCAUAACUAUUUGAAGGACGGUCCCUACAUUUCGCCAGAAGAAGCCGUCGCGAUCUACACAACCACAGUCCACUGGCUGGAGUCCCGUCGGUUUGCCCCCAUACCGUUCCCACCUCUUUCCUACAAACACGACACCAAACUGUUGAUUCUAGCGCUCGAAAGGCUGAAGGAAGCCUACAGCGUGAAGUCUAGACUGAACCAGAGUCAGAGAGAGGAAUUAGGUCUCAUUGAACAGGCUUAUGAUAAUCCUCACGAAGCGCUGUCCAGAAUCAAGCGUCAUUUGCUUACACAGAGGACUUUCAGAGAGGUGGGUAUAGAGUUCAUGGAUCUAUACUCGCAUCUUGUGCCAGUGUACGAUGUGGAACCAUUAGAGAAAAUCACAGACGCAUACUUGGACCAAUACUUAUGGUACGAAGCGGACAAGAGACGGCUGUUACCGCCAUGGGUUAAACCAGCCGAUACUGAACCGUCACCAUUAUUAGUGUACAAGUGGUGCCAGGGUAUAAAUAACCUGCAAGACGUGUGGGAGGUCGGCGAAGGAGAAUGCAACGUGCUAUUAGAGUCGCGCUUUGAGAAGCUCUAUGAAAAGAUCGAUCUGACGCUCCUGAACAGGCUGCUGCGUCUGAUUGUAGACCACAACAUCGCUGACUACAUGACGGCAAAAAACAACGUCGUUAUCAACUAUAAGGACAUGAACCACACCAACUCGUACGGUAUAAUACGCGGUCUCCAAUUCGCCUCUUUCGUCGUCCAAUACUACGGCCUAGUGCUAGACUUGCUAGUGCUCGGGCUGCAGCGUGCUAGUGAGAUGGCGGGACCGCCUCAACUGCCCAACGACUUCCUCUCCUACCAAGAUAGGCAAACGGAGACUGCUCAUCCUAUCCGUCUUUAUUGCAGAUAUGUCGACCGCAUACACAUAUUCUUCAGAUUCACGGCCGAGGAAGCCCGCGACUUAAUCCAGAGGUACUUGACUGAGCAUCCUGAUCCGAACAACGAGAACAUCGUCGGUUACAACAACAAGAAAUGCUGGCCGAGAGACGCCCGCAUGCGACUCAUGAAACACGAUGUUAAUCUCGGCCGAGCUGUAUUCUGGGAUAUAAAGAACCGUCUACCACGUUCAGUAACGACCAUUCAAUGGGAGAACAGCUUUGUUUCUGUGUAUUCCAAGGAUAAUCCUAAUCUUCUAUUCAACAUGGCUGGAUUUGAAUGCAGAAUACUGCCGAAAUGUCGUAGUCAACACGAAGAGCUAUCGCAUCGCGAUGGCGUAUGGAAUCUACAGAACGAAGUGACCAAAGAGAGGACGGCUCAAUGUUACUUGAGAGUAGACGAUGAGUCUCUGGCGCGAUUCCACAACAGAGUCAGACAGAUCCUUAUGGCGUCUGGCUCGACCACUUUCACCAAGAUUGUCAAUAAAUGGAACACUGCGCUUAUUGGCCUUAUGACUUACUUCCGCGAGGCUGUCGUCAACACCCAAGAGCUUCUUGACUUACUCGUCAAAUGCGAGAACAAGAUACAGACCCGUAUAAAGAUUGGGUUGAAUUCGAAGAUGCCUUCGCGUUUCCCUCCCGUCGUGUUCUACACACCCAAAGAGUUGGGAGGGCUCGGCAUGUUGUCUAUGGGCCAUGUGCUUAUACCACAGUCUGAUCUCCGCUGGUCCAAACAAACGGACGUCGGCAUCACUCAUUUCCGUUCCGGAAUGUCUCACGACGAAGACCAACUGAUUCCCAAUCUGUACCGCUACAUUCAGCCGUGGGAGGCUGAGUUUGUGGACUCUCAGCGAGUAUGGGCAGAGUACGCGCUCAAACGGCAAGAAGCUAACGCGCAAAACAGGCGGUUAACAUUAGAAGACUUGGAAGAUUCCUGGGACAGAGGCAUUCCAAGAAUUAACACACUUUUCCAGAAGGAUAGACACACACUAGCUUACGACAAAGGCUGGCGCAUCCGUACAGAGUUCAAACAGUACCAGGUUUUGAAACAGAAUCCGUUCUGGUGGACUCACCAACGCCACGACGGCAAACUGUGGAAUCUCAACAAUUAUCGUACGGAUAUGAUUCAAGCACUAGGCGGCGUAGAAGGAAUACUAGAACAUACGUUAUUCAAGGGCACUUACUUCCCCACUUGGGAGGGUCUCUUUUGGGAGAAAGCUUCCGGUUUCGAAGAGUCUAUGAAGUACAAGAAACUGACGAACGCCCAGCGUUCCGGUUUGAACCAAAUCCCGAAUCGUCGCUUCACACUCUGGUGGUCCCCCACCAUCAACAGAGCCAAUGUAUACGUCGGUUUCCAGGUGCAAUUGGACUUAACAGGAAUCUUCAUGCAUGGCAAAAUUCCAACGCUGAAGAUAUCUCUGAUUCAGAUUUUCAGAGCUCACUUGUGGCAGAAAGUUCACGAGUCCAUCGUAAUGGACUUGUGUCAGGUAUUUGACCAAGAGUUGGACGCUCUCGAGAUUGAGACAGUGCAGAAAGAAACAAUUCACCCGCGUAAAUCUUACAAGAUGAACUCUUCAUGCGCUGACAUUCUCCUGUUCUCUGCCUACAAAUGGAAUGUGUCCAGGCCGUCGCUACUCGCAGACACCAAAGACACAAUGGACAACACGACUACACAGAAGUACUGGCUGGACAUCCAGCUGCGUUGGGGCGACUACGAUUCCCACGAUGUGGAGCGAUAUGCCCGGGCCAAGUUCCUUGACUACACUACGGACAAUAUGUCUAUAUAUCCAUCGCCAACGGGGCUGCUCAUUGCCAUCGAUCUAGCGUACAAUCUGCACAGUGCUUACGGCAACUGGUUCCCUGGCUGCAAGCCUCUGAUCCAGCAAGCAAUGGCUAAGAUAAUGAAAGCCAACCCCGCGUUAUACGUAUUACGCGAACGCAUUCGUAAGGCGCUGCAGCUGUACUCUUCAGAACCCACAGAACCUUACCUCUCCAGCCAGAACUACGGCGAGCUGUUCUCGAACCAGAUUAUUUGGUUCGUGGACGACACAAACGUAUACCGUGUGACGAUCCAUAAGACAUUCGAAGGCAACUUGACGACGAAGCCAAUCAACGGUGCCAUCUUUAUAUUCAACCCGCGAACGGGACAACUGUUCUUGAAGAUCAUCCAUACUAGCGUGUGGGCGGGACAGAAGCGUCUAGGACAGCUUGCCAAGUGGAAAACGGCCGAGGAAGUCGCUGCUCUGAUUCGAUCACUGCCUGUUGAAGAGCAGCCCAAACAGAUUAUAGUCACCAGGAAAGGAAUGUUGGAUCCUCUUGAGGUUCACUUGUUGGACUUCCCUAACAUUGUGAUCAAAGGUUCGGAGCUGCAGCUGCCGUUCCAGGCUUGCCUGAAGGUGGAGAAGUUCGGAGACCUCAUCCUCAAGGCCACGGAGCCUCAGAUGGUGCUUUUCAAUUUGUAUGAUGACUGGCUGAAGACGAUUUCCUCGUACACGGCAUUCAGCCGUCUGAUCCUCAUCCUAAGAGCUCUCCACGUGAACACAGAGCGCACCAAAGUGUUACUCAAACCGGAUAAAACGACGCUAACGGAACCUCAUCACAUCUGGCCCACGCUCACUGAUGACGAUUGGAUCAAGGUUGAAGUUCAACUCAAAGACUUGAUAUUGGCAGACUAUGGCAAGAAGAACAAUGUUAAUGUUGCGUCACUAACGCAAUCGGAGAUCCGCGAUAUAAUCCUCGGCAUGGAGAUAUCAGCGCCUUCUGCCCAACGGCAGCAAAUAGCAGAAAUCGAGAAACAGAGCAAAGAACAGAGUCAACUCACCGCUACCACUACGCGUACUGUCAACAAACACGGAGACGAGAUUAUAACCUCAACUACUAGCAACUACGAGUCGCAGACAUUCAGUUCGAAGACCGAGUGGCGAGUGAGGGCUAUCUCUGCGACCAACCUCCAUUUGCGCACAAAUCACAUCUACGUCAGUUCGGACGACAUCAAGGAGAGCGGCUACACCUACAUCCUGCCCAAGAACUUGCUCAAGAAAUUCGUUACGAUUUCCGAUCUUCGAGCGCAGAUCGCGUGCUACCUAUACGGAACUUCCCCCGCCGACAACCCAAUGGUCCGCGAAGUAGUAUGCGCCGUGAUCCCCCCACAGUGGGGCACGCACCAGCAGACGCACCUGCCUCGCCAGCUGCCCAAGCACCCUGCGCUGCAGCACCUGCAGCCUCUCGGCUGGAUGCACACGCAGCCCAACGAGCUGCCCCAGCUGUCCCCGCAGGACAUCACCACCCACGCUAAAAUUAUGGCUGAAAACCCCUCCUGGGAUGGCGAGAAGACGAUCAUCAUCACGUGUUCCUUCACACCUGGCUCAUGUUCCCUCACCGCAUACAAACUGACGCCUAGCGGAUACGAAUGGGGCUCGAGGAAUACGGACCGAGGAAACAAUCCUAAGGGAUACCUGCCUAGUCACUACGAGAGAGUGCAGAUGCUGUUGUCGGACAGGUUCUUGGGAUACUUCAUGGUUCCUUCGCAGGGCAGUUGGAACUACAAUUUCAUGGGCGUUCGACACGACCCCAACAUGAAGUACGGCGUACAGCUAGGCAACCCGCGCGAGUUCUACCACGAGGUGCAUCGACCCGCACACUUCAUGAACUUCGCCGCCAUGGAAGACGCUACGGCGCCCACACUAGCCGCCGAUCGAGAAGACAUGUUCGCCUAAACUAGAAGUUGCAUACUUGUUAAAUCGAGUUCUUUCAGAAACAAAUUGACGUGUAGACCAAAAUAAAUUCUAUUAUUUUACUGACCUAAAGGAUUUGCUGCCGGCGCGCUUUCCCUACGAUAGUUAUAUGAUGAGAAGACUCGUGUCUUUAUUAAUAAUUUACGUCUCUGAAUGCGAACGUAAAUUCUACAAUGUAGUUAGGUAGUCGUAAUUGGAUUUUCUAAAUUUUCAUUUUCAUUGCUUUCUUUUUUUAAAUUUUAAGUGACUUUAUAUAAUUAAUGUUAACUUGUUUCUGCAAGAACACAAGGAAUGAGGAUUGUAAAUAGACUAUAAGCGAAAUAAUAAAUUUUAAUACAUUGUCUA